AUGACUAAACAACGCAAGGUGGCGGUGAUCACGGCAGGCAACUCCGGUGUCGGGUGGCACACCGCCCACGAGCUCUACGUCCAGGGCUACGUGGUGUACCUUGCUGGUCGUUCCAAAAUGCGUUGUAUGAAGCUGAUCCACGAGAUCGAAACCGUCGCCGACAGCCUGGGCGGAGAGCUCCGUUUUCUCGAGUUGGACUUGGCUCUGUUGGACCUGGUGCUUGCGGCGGCCACGGCGCUCAAAUCCAUGGAAUCCCACUUGGACGUGUUGGUCAACAACGCCGGUGUCAUGGGUCUCUCGCCUGCAACGACGCCCGAUCUGUUCGAGCUCCAGCUCCAGACAAACUACGUGCUGCAGUUUUUGCUCACCACAAAGCUCUUGCCGUUGCUUGAACGUGCUGCCGAUAUGGACCCAGACGGUGACCCUCCCAGGGUGCUCUACCUCUCCUCCGUGGGCCACCGCUUGGCCUUCCGCUACUUCAACCUCGGCCUGACCUUCGACUACCACCCGGACGCCAUCUUCACGUGGUUCCGCUACGCCAUGGCGAAAACCGCCGGCAUCCACUUUAUGAAAAUGCUCGCCUUGAGAAACCCCAGGAUCCUCUGUGUGUCCGUGCAGCCGGGCUUCGUCAUGAACACAAACUACUUCAGCUACUGGACCCGCUUGCCCAUCAUCGGCAUCUUGUUCUGGUGCUUCUUCCAGCUUUUCGGCUACUUCUUCGGCGUUACUGUUGAGCAGGGCGCCGAUGCCUUGGUCGCUGGCGCCUUGGACCCGCAAUUGACCUUGGAGGAGCACAGCGGCGCCACUUUGGGCAAGGACGGCAAGAAGGUCUCCUGCUCGAGUGUUGCCGGCAACAUGGACUAUGCUGCACGUUCCUGGAUCUGGACCAUCCACCAGUUGGGCAAGCGACACAUUGACCUUUAG